AUGGGUUCCCUGCUCGCCAAAACUGUUGACAUUACCAAGCUGAGUGAAGUGCAACAGCUAUUCGAUGACAUCUCCAGCAAGUUCGUCAAGUUGGAUAUUCUAAUCAAUAAUGCCGCCAUCAUGGACCGCUUCGAGCCUGUUGGCGACGUCGAUCCGGAGUUAUGGGAUAGAGUCCUGGCAGUGAAUCUAACAGCUCCGCUCUUGCUCAGCAAGGUCGGCAUACACGGCAAGCAAGCACGGCUUGAUCGGUCUCACCAAGAGUACCGCGGCCUUCUACGGGACCAAGGGUAUUCGGUGUAA